AUGAAGGUCUCUCUUCCUCUCCGCAGCUUCUCCGCACCAUGCCGGACCCAAUUCCGCCCCGUUCUCUCCAAGUCUCUACGGCCAAGAAAUCCUGCCAGUGCUGGGCGGAGAUGGAAUAGCAGUAGUUCGGGGAAUACUUCUCAAGCCUCUGCUGAUACCAAGGCUUUCUGGACGACGAGUCGUGCUCUGAUUCUGGCUGCCGUGGCGAGCUCUGGCGCUUACGCUUUAGCAAAUGCCCGCGGGUCUCAAUUGUCCACAACGCAGCUGACAGCGGAGCCGAAAUAUGGGGAUAUCAAGAAAUUCGAACAGGCAAUUGCGGAAUUGCGCGCGGACUUGGGCGAAGAUGCCAUUAGCACUGACGACGAUGAUCUCCUUGAACAUGGCUACUCCGAAUGGUCGUCUGUCAAUGCCGACCGACUCCCCGUCGCAAUCGCAUACCCCAAGUCCACGGAGGAGGUCUCUAGAAUCGCUAAAGUGUGCUACAAAUACCGUAUGCCCAUGGUUCCCUAUUCUGGAGGGUCCAGUUUAGAGGCCAAUUUCUCCGCGCCGUACGGUGGGAUGACAAUUGAUUUUGCCUUCAUGGACCGCAUUCUGGAGCUACAUGACGAUGAUCUUGAUGUUGUCGUACAACCGUCAAUUCAAUGGAUGCAACUCAACAGCCAACUGGAGAACACAGGUCUCUUCUUCCCGGUGGAUCCGGGCCCAUCAGCCAAGAUUGGCGGCAUGGUCGGCACCAAUUGCAGUGGUACAAAUGCAGUACGCUAUGGAACAAUGAAGGAUUGGGUUAUCAACUUGACAGUCGUGUUGGCAGACGGCCAAAUUAUCAAGACACGAAGACGCCCUCGCAAAACAUCGGCUGGCUACAAUCUGACAGGCAUGUUCGUUGGGUCGGAAGGUACUCUGGGUAUUGUGACAGAAAUUACUCUCAAACUUGCUCCCACGCCAGACGAGAUGCGUGUAGGUGUGGUCACAUUUCCCACAAUACGGGAUGCCGCAUCAGCAGCCAUGCAGGUGACCCGAAGGUCUGUCCCCGUUCAGGCCAUGGAGAUUAUGGACGAAGUACAAAUGAAUGUUAUCAACCGUGCUGGGGGGACCGGCCGUGUUUGGAAAGAACAGCCCACUCUUUUCUUCAAGUUUUCUGGGACGACUGCCCAGGUAGAGGACAGCAUCCGGGUGACCAAAGAUAUCGUGCAGAAGAACAAGUCGACGUCUUUUGAAUUUGCCAAGAACGAGCAAGAAGGACAUGUCUUAUGGUCUGCGCGCAAGGAGUCCUUGUGGAGCAUGAUGUCUUUGCGUAAAGAGGGCUCUGAAGUUUGGUCUACAGAUGUCGCGGUGCCCAUUUCGCGACUCCCUGACAUUAUAGAAAAAUCAAAGGAAGAUCUGAAUAACCUGAAUAUCUUCGCCAGUCUACUAGGACACAUUGGAGAUGGCAACUUCCAUACCAGUAUCAUGUACAAUCGCAAAGACCAAGACGAAAAGGAACGGGUUGAAACUGUUGUUCACAACAUGGUGGAUCGCGCUCUCGAAAUGGAAGGGUCCUGCACAGGCGAGCACGGUAUAGGUCUGGGAAAGAAGCAAUCUCUCGUCAAGGAACUAGGACCGGAGACCAUCGAUAUCAUGAGGAACAUCAAGCGGGCUCUCGAUCCAUAUUGGCUGAUGAACCCGGGCAAGAUUUUUGACUAUUCAUCGGACAGCCAGCCUACGAAGAUUGAGGAUCUCGAGGCGGGCCGUUUGGCCGGUGCUGCGAAGAAGGAUAACUAG